AUCAGAUUGAUCGAUGGCCCACCACAUUUGCGCCACAUUGACCGACCCAGAUAUAAGGCAAGUGGAAAGCAGUCGUAUUUCUUGUCCUCUUAGUUUUCUCCACCUCACCAGUUCUGCUGACGAUACCCAGUCAGCGUAACAACAACACCUAGCGCCAUGUCCCCUGCCGGCGAGACAGGCACAUCGUCUACUCCGCCACGCGCCAAUGCACCCGCUCAUAGUACUAGCAAAAUUGAAUCGACCCCAAAUAGCCGCGGGACUGCCGUCGUCAGCGAGAACAUCGGCGUGCUCGGUGUCAAUGUUAAGAAAGUCCGCCCAUGGAUUCAACGGGAUAUCGAGCAGGCUAAGGAGUGCAAAGCAGAUGCCAUGUUGCAAGCCCUCCUGCAGCGCGCUUCUUCCACUCCCGAGACUCAACAGCCCGAGCUUCUACAAAAGUGCCUAAAGGCAGUUCUGCCAGUUUGCAAUGGACAGGUAUCUGCUGGAGAUAUAUACUCUUCGGGCAUCGAGAUAGCCCUGAAAAAAUACGUACGUCCAGGAGUAGAAAACAACCUCUACGCCCCUUUUAUAGAAGCCACCAAUAUUGCGCUCGCUUGUCUUGAAGAUAUCAAGAUCGAUGGGAUGCGCGCUCCUGUCCCCGCCGUGGACAUGAUCUGUCAGCAGAACGAUAUGCCCAUGUACCAAAACCACCAGACUGUGAAGUCAGCUCGGAAACCCGACCUCGUCUUUCUUCCUUUGAACAGCGCAUGCGCCCCCUUCGAGGAUGAGAAGGGCGGUAAGAAGGGAAAACAGAAGGACGACGAGAAGCGCAAGGCUCAUAUGGUCAAGAAUGCAAUGGCAAAACCACCAGCGCCACUACCCUGGAAAGAUGUUCUAGCUUGCAUCGAGUUCAAGAGAAAAACGGACAGGAAGAAAUCGAUUAAACCGCCGCAAUCUUCGUAUAAAGUGAAUGACUAUGUUCCUACCAAGCCAGAAUAUCUACCGGUGGAUCAUCUUAAGGCUGAAGAUCCUGCGCCAGGCCCUUCGCAGACCGCAACACAACCUGCGUCUGACACUGCAAGUAAGUGAUUGUAUUUUUUUGCAAGAUCAAACUAAAUCUGCCGAGCUGUAGUUGUAUCUUCCGGCCUUACUGCCGCACAGGCUUCCAAGGGCGGGUCCAG